AAGUGAAAUCGCAGCCAUGUCCAUCGCACAGACAGUACCAGUACCAGAAAAGAAGAAGAGUGUACCCAAUGGCAUUAAGUUUCUUUUUGGUGGUCUCUCUGGCAUGGGUGCCACGAUGGUAGUGCAACCCCUGGAUUUGGUGAAGACACGAAUGCAAAUCUCUGGAGCGGGAAGCGGCAAGAAAGAGUUUCGUAAUUCGUUCCACUGUAUCCAGACGGUGGUGAGUCGCGAGGGACCUUUAGGUCUGUAUCAAGGCAUUGGAGCGGCCCUGCUGCGUCAGGCUACCUACACCACUGGCCGCCUGGGAAUGUACACCUAUUUGAAUGAUGUUUAUCGCUCACGGUUCGAACGGGAGCCUAAUGUAAUGGACAGCAUGGCCAUGGGAACUAUUGCUGGAGCAUGUGGCGCUUUCAUCGGUACGCCCGCUGAGGUGGCCUUGGUGCGUAUGACCUCGGAUGGACGCCUCCCACCGGCUGAGAGACGUAACUACAAAAAUGUGGCCAAUGCUUUGAUGCGCAUCACCAAGGAAGAGGGUCUAACAGCAUUAUGGAGAGGCAGUUUGCCAACCGUAGGACGCGCCAUGGUUGUGAAUAUGACUCAAUUGGCUUCAUAUUCGCAGUUUAAGACCUAUUUCCGAACCGGACCGCUGCAAAUGGAUGAGGGCAUUAAGCUGCACUUCUGCGCCAGCAUGUUGUCUGGCCUGCUAACCACUAUAACAUCAAUGCCUUUGGACAUUGCUAAGACCCGCAUACAAAAUAUGAAGAUGGUGGAUGGAAAACCAGAAUAUCGCGGCACCGUCGACGUCUUGUUGCGUGUGGCCCGCCAAGAGGGCGUAUUUGCGCUCUGGAAGGGAUUUACGCCCUACUAUUGUCGUUUGGGGCCGCACACAGUGCUCACUUUUAUAUUGCUGGAGCAACUGAAUCAGGGCUUCAACAAAUACGUUUUGGGUGUGGAAAAAAGCGGUUCGGGAUUGUGAGCAAAAACUGAAUCAGAAGUUGUUAAAGUUUUGCAAUCGUACCUAUACCACAUACACUUAUCCACAUACCUUAUUAUAAGAAAAUCGAUGUACGACCAGCGAUCUAUGCCAAUAUCAAAAGCGAACCCUAAUCAGCCGAGCUAACAAAGUUGUGAAGAGAGUAGGAUUAAACCAGGACAAUAUAACUGCGAGUGUACUCGUAUAUAUUUAAUACAUGUAAUCAACGUAGGGCAUUUAAGAAUCGGAAAUUCCGUUGACAAUAUUACAAUGUUGAGACAGUUUUCUAUAUAACUUGUUAAGCUUUAAGUUGAAAGUCGAUUCUCAAUAAAGCACAUAUAAUCAAACGACA